AUGACAACGUUACCACCGAUUCAACCACGUCCAAUUUUAUGUAAAACAACAACAAAUAAUAUACAAUCAUCAUCGUCAUCAUCAUCAUCUGUUUUUCUUAUUCAUUCAUCAACUCAACCUUCAAAUGUAACAAAUACAAAUUUUUAUUCAACAAAUACUGAUUUUAUAAAUAAUAAUAAUUCAUUACAAGCUCCUCCUCCUUCCGCACCAUUAUCUUCUUAUGAAGAAUUUCUCAAACGUCUUCGAGAAUUUCAUCGAUGUCGUCAAACAACAUUUCGUUGUUUACCAACAAUUGCUGGACAAGUUGUUGAUUUACAAGCACUAUACACAACAGUUGUUGGUCAUGGUGGUUGGGAUAAAGUAAAUGAUCGACAAUUAUGGUCAACUGUUGCAAAUAAUUUUGGUAUUGAUUCAUCAUGUCUUAAUGGUACACAAGCUUUAAAAAAUAUUUAUAUUCGAUAUUUAUAUGCAUUUGAAAAAAUAAGUAAUGGUGAAAAUAUUGAUUCACAUGAUGAUGAUGAUGAAGAUUCAAAACGACGUAAUGUUUCUCAAUUACAACGUGUACCACAGUCAUAUAAUCAUGCCCAACAUACUGUUUCGGAUUCAUUACGUGCUCAAUAUGGUCUUUUUCGUGAUUUUGUUCGUCGAAAUGAAUAUGAAAAAUUAGAAUUAGCAUUAAUAUGUGGUUUUCCAAAUGAAUUAACAUUUACAUUAAAUACAUUAUUAUUAUUAUCAUCAACAACAAAUAAUCAAAUAUCAUUUCAUUUAUAUAAAUGUCCACGUUUAUUAGAUAUACUUUUUCGUCAUAUUGGAUUAUUUUUAUCGAAUGAUACAACAAAUAAUGAUCAUUGUUUAAAAAUUUUAUAUGAUAAUAUUUGGUCAAAACAUUUAAAUUAUCAUAUGGAACAAUUUUGGAUUGAUUCAUGUUCAUCAGAAAUUAUUAAACAAUUAUUAAAUAUUGAUAUUAAUAAUAAUCAUAAAUAUUUAUAUAAUAAUUUUAAUCUUAAUUCAAAUGAUAAUCAACAACAACAAGAACUUCGUAUUGAACAAAUUUUAAUGAUAAUACGUAAUCUUUCAUUUGAUCGUACAAAUGCUAUUUAUUUACUUGAUACAAUACGUUCAUCAACAUCAAUAACUUAUAUAUUUUUAUUAUUAAUAUCAUAUUGUGAAAAAAAAAUUGAAUUACAAAAAUAUGCAUAUGAUAUAUGGUCAAAUUUAGCAUUAUAUAUGCAUUUACGUUUAAUUAGUAAUGAUGAAGGAUAUUUUAUUCGACAAUUAUUAAAUAAUAUGUUAAAUGGUAAUGAAAAUAAUGGACAACAAGAUCGUUUAAAAAUUAUUCGUGCACUUGAAAUUAUUGCUAAUUUAUCACAGGCUGGAAAUGAUAAUGGAAUUUAUUUAAUUGAUUUUCUGGAUAUUAUUAUUCAAAGACUUAUUCAUGUAUCGGAUAUACUUGUAUUAGUACAUACAUUAGAAUGUUUAUAUCAAUUAUCAGAAUUAGGUGAACAAUUGUGCAAUGCUAUAUUUAAAGUGCAAUCAUCAGCAUCAAUAAUAACAACAUUAAUUGAUUUAUUAACAAUUGAAGCACGAAGUUUUUCAUCUCAAACAAUAAAAACAAUUAAAAUUGUUGAAAUGUCAUCAGGUCCUGUACUUUUACCAUCUUAUCAUCAACCACCAAUAACACAACAAACAUCAAAUAUAUCACAAUCUGUUGUUGUUAUUUCAACAACUCAACAACAACAACAAUCACAACAACCAACAUAUGCUAUUGAAAAUACAGAAAUCAAUAAAAGUUAUUAUAGUAAUAAUAAUAAACUUAUUAUACAACAAUAUUCAAAACCAAUGACUGUUGCAAAUGUUAUUUCAACAGGAAAUCUUUUAACUGUUGCAACACCAUCAACAACAACAACACCAAUUAUGAUAACAAAUACAAAUGUACAAUCGAAUCAAAUUAUUGAUAAAAAACGAAAACAUGAUUCUAUUUCGGAAACAAUUGCUGCUGUUGUUAAUGGUACAUCAUCUCCAUCUCAAUCAUCAAUAACUCCACCACCACCAAAACGUUCACGUCCAUCUCGUGCACGUUCUACUCCAACAAAACCUGGUGUUAUUAUUGCAUCAACAUCAUUACCAUCAUCUCGACAUAUUCCAUCAUCAUCUAUUGAAGAUGAUACAAGUAGUAUGGAAAGUAAUAGUACAAGUAACAGUAUUCAUUCAACUAUGGCUGAUUUACUUGAUCGAUGUUCUUCUCCAUUAUCACAAACAAAUAUAUUUGAUAAUGAUAUUCGUUCAUGUUUAAAUGAUUUAUGUCAUCGUAUUGCUUUAACUAUUGAUGAACCAUUAUCAUCAACAUCAAUUAUUUAUAAUCCAAUACCAUCACCAGUAUUUAAACGUAAAAUUGAAGAACAAUCAUCAAAUAAACGACCAACAAAAAUAAUUAAUCAUAUUGAAGAACAAACACCAAAAAAAAAACGUAAUCGACCAUCAACAAAAAAAUCUUCAACAGAUAUUACAAAUGUAUCAAUAUCAAUAAAUAAAAAAGAAGAAACAAUUGAACAAGAAAUAUCUGAUAUUAAACCAACAAUUUCAACAUCAAAUGUAAUUACACCAUCUGUUCAAACAAAUUCAUCUGAUUAUAUUUGUGAAUGGGAUAAUUGUCGAAAACCAUUUUCUACAGCACGAGCUGUUUUUCAUCAUGCAUGUUCAGCUCAUGUUAAACAUUCAUCUGAUUAUAUUUGUUUAUGGAAUGGAUGUGAUCGAAUAAAACGACAAAAAUGGGCUUUAAUUAGUCAUAUUCAAGAACGUCAUUGUUCUGAAAUAGCCUUUCGACAAGCUAAACUAAAAUCAACAAAUCCUAUUUCAUCAACAACUGCUAAUAUAGGUACAAUAUCAUCGGCGACUAUUGCAAGUAAUGUUUCAUCGACAACAGGAACAAUUGGUUAUGCACCUGAUGCUGCAUGGCUUGCUGUUCGACGUCAUAUGCAAAUGAAUUCUUUCGAUGAUUUAAUAGUCAAAGGUAAAGAAGGUCCAUUGACGAAAAGUAUUCGACUUACAGCUGCACUUAUUUUACGUAAUAUUGCUCGACAUUCAUCCAUUGGAAAACAAAAUCUUCGUCAAUAUGAACAACAUCUUGCAAGUUUAGCUCUUGAAUCAUCGGAAGCAUCGACUACACUUAGUUCAUGUUUAUUUGAACUUUAUAAUUGA